AUGAACCUAUGCAAAGGCAACUCGCAACUGGAGCAGCAGAUCCUUCAGGUAAAUCCGUUGCUUGAAGCUUUUGGCAAUGCCCAGACUGUGAUGAAUGACAACAGCAGCCGCUUUGGAAAAUACAUACAGCUGCGUUUCCAGAAGAAUACAGUGCAAGGUGCAAAGCUGAGUGAGUACCUGUUAGAGAAGUCACGGGUAGUGCAACAAGAUACCGGGGAGAGGAAUUUCCAUAUCUUCUACUACAUGUUCGCUGGGCUCUCUUCAGAGGAAAAGGAGAUGUAUGGGCUAUUGGAUCCUUCACUCUACAGGUACAUAAGUGGACGAUUUGGUACGCAGGAUGUAGCUCAGCGCUGGAAGCACAAAUACCAAGAGGUGUGCAAUGCCCUUGACAUGGUGGGCUUCCAAGAACAGGAGCAAGUGGACAUGCAGGCUAUCUUGGCUGGUGUGUUGUCUCUGGGCAAUGUGACCUUUGAGCCUGAGGAAAGCAAUGGGUCUGUAAAAGUGAGUGAAGCCUCCCGGGGCUGGCUGAAGGCUGCAGCGGGUCAGUUUGGAGUCGAGGAAGAUGACCUGUUAAAAUGCCUUAUUUGUACAAUGUCAGUGACCCGAGGCGAGCAGAUUCAGCGUUUUCACACCCAGCAGCAGGCAGAAGAUGCUCGGGACUCCAUUGCAAAGAUGGUGUAUGGCCGAGUAUUUGGCUGGAUCGUUUGCAAGAUCAAUGAGCUGCUGGCUGAGAAUGUGGAUCCCAAGGUGGAACUGAGUGAGAUAGGUAUCUUGGAUAUUUUUGGGUUUGAAAACUUUGCAGUGAAUCGUUUCGAACAGCUUUGCAUAAACUUGGCCAAUGAGCAGCUGCAGCACUUCUUCAACCAUCACAUUUUCCAGCUGGAGCAGGCUGCCUAUAAGGAAGAAGAGCUGCCUUGGGAGACUAUCACAUUCAGCAAUAAUGAACCUAUUCUGAAUCUGCUCCUGGCCAAGCCACUUGGGCUUCUGUCCCUUCUGGAUGAGCAGAGUGCAUUCCCUCAGGCAACUGAUAAGACGUUUGUGGAUAAACUAAACAGCAGCUUCAAGGGAAAUUUACACUUCCAGCCAGGCCGAGGCCGUGUCUUGGGCUUCAGCAUCAUUCACUAUGCUGGGAAAGUACAAUAUACUGCUGGCGGCUUUCUAGAGAAGAACAGGGACACCUUGCCAGCCAACGUCCGCGGGCUCUUCAUCAACAGCAUCACCCCCUUGCUCAGCGUGCUCUUCACAGCCACUAUCUCCAGGACGGGGACACUGAUGCCUCAUGUGAAAGCCCAGGUCAUACGAGGAACAGACGACAAGUUCAACAGCACACGAAAACAGUCUGCUGGAGCUCAGUUCCGGCAUUCCCUGAUGGUGCUCAUGGAGAGGAUGUAUUCUGCCAAUCCCCACUUUGUGCGCUGUAUAAAGCCCAACAGCCAGAAGGAGCCAGGUGUGGUGGACAGCCAGGUGGUGCUGCUGCAGCUGCGGUACAACGGACUGCUGGAGACAAUCCGUAUCCGAAGAGAUGGUUUCUCCUGGAGACCCUCAUUUGAGGAAUUUGCUGAAAGAUAUGGAAUUCUUCUAGUUAAACCAGACAUUUCCCUCACAAAAGAAAGCUGCUUGGAGAUACUGCAAAGUACAGAGCUGACGGGUUGGAUAUGUGGGAAGUCACGACUUUUCUUUAAAUACUGGCACCAGGAGCAGCUGGCAAAGUAUGUGGACCAGCUGGAAAGAGCAGCAGUUGUCAUACAGAAAGUUUUCAGGGGAUUCAGAUACAGGAAGAGUUACCUAAAACUGGUGGCUGAGCUGAGAGCUCAGGCACAGCGGCUACAGGAGGAGGCAGAGAGAGAAAGAAGCCGGCAGCUGGCGGUGGAAGCAGUGGCCCAGAAAAGAAUCUCCUUUCCAGUCCCCAUGCCACGAAAGAGGCGGCCUCAGCCUUGUCCCCAUCCUCCUGAGAAGCCACCACAGCCACCAGUGCCACGGCCACGCAGCAAAUUAACAGAGUUCACUCCUUUUGAUAACUUCUUGGGUCCUUCUGGGCCUCACCAUAUUCUGGGGACAGAGGAAGAGACUGGAGAAGAGGCAAAAAUGAGGAAGCUCAAGAGAGGAGCAACUCUCCGCUGGUUCAAAGAGACACAGGCCCAGAAGGUCAUGCAGGAUGAUGGGGCCUUUCCAAGCUGGCUGCAUGGAAUGAUCAGCCGGAGGGAAGCUGAAAACUUGCUGAUUGACAAGCCUUUGGGUUGCUUCCUUGUUCGGAUCAGCCAGAGCAGACCAGGCUACACCUUGACAUACAGGGGCGAAGGCCGUUGCAGACACUACAUGAUCCAGAUGCAGCCCAAUGCACGCUAUGUUAUCCUAGGGGAAGACCGGGCUCAUGCCUCACUUACCGAACUAGUUCGGUACCAUCAGACUGUGGGCAUCCAGCCCUUCAUGGAGAAACUGACUGUUCCCUGUGGGCAGAAAAGCAGUGAGAGUUUGGAUUACGAAGAUCUGGAGUGCCUCAGGCUGGGUCCACCAGCAGCUGAAGGGGAGAUGCCUCCAGAGGAGCAGCCCUGCCCCUCCAGGCCUUCCACUGGCAGAUCAGCUCUGCAGUCAGGAGCAGCUGCAGUUCUCAAACACACGUGGUUCAGGAGGAACAAGAAUUGCCAAAACCAACAGGGCCUGGACAAGCCAAGCUCAGGCAAGGAAGGAGGCAGCCAGCGAGCCUUCCCUCGCCUCCACUCUUCCAUACGCCUGGCAAUGCAGGAAAUCCAGCAGUUCUCUUCCACUCGCUUGAAAACUUCUGUACAGAGCUGCUGUCAAGCUCUCAACGUUGAGGAUGUAGAGCCGAAGUGACAUGGUCAAAGUGGCUCAGCCUAUCCUCUUCCAGUGCUGCUGGGCUUGGCCUAACUGGGUGAGCAUAUCCAG